AUGUCUGACACCGCUGACGACGCCAACAAUAAUUUGAUGUUGAAAUUCCAAAAGCUUCAAUCUGAAACCAAUGAAAUUCAAUCGAUCUUUUCCAAGCAAUCUUCAUUCGAUGCGACAAGUCUCUCUGGAAAUAAAAUGCUUAAAGAUAUUUGUGAAUCGAUGAGAAAUCAGCAGAAGGAACAAAAUAAGUUUAAUGAAGAACUUCUGAAGACGAAUAAAGACUUGAAAGAUCAGAAUACAGAACUGAAAAAUCAAUCGGAGCAAGUGCUGAAAGAGAUUCGAUCGAUAAAAUCAGAUUUGGAAGAAUCGAAGAAACAACAUUCAUUAGAAAUGCAGUCAAUGAAGAAAUUGAUGAGUGUUCCGGAUUCAGUUGAUUCAUCGUUAUUUCCAGAUACUUCAGUGAAAAAUAAUACCUCAGCAAGUGUCACUGGAAAGGAAUUUGUGUUCAAACAUGUUUUCGAAAAUGCUCCAGAAAACGGAUCAAACCAAAUUCACAGUGAAAAAGAAGAACAUUUCAAUAUUCCGUGGUAUGAUUCUGGAAAAGUACGAAAACCAAUGUUGAUUUCAGGAGAAUAUGACUUCAAUGAUACUGAAUUUGACUGGAAAAUCAUGGAAGAUGAAUAUGGAAAGGGUGGGAAACUGCAAGUGGAACUUCGUGUCAAAAUUACUAAAACAACUGGAUUAUAUGGGAAACCAUUGAGAAAUUUCGAUGAAAGAAAUAAAUCAUUUUCGGAUGUUGUGAUUCUUCUCAUUGCCCAAUCUGCAUACUUCAAGUCGCUUCUAUCAGAGAUAUCUCCGAACGCAGAGGUAGAACUCAGUGAUAUCGAUCCCGAAGAUUUUCAAGUCUACCUGGAAGCUUUGUACGGAGAACCAGCUAUCAAUGAAAAGACAGUGGAAGUUGUUCUAUACAUGCCGGAGAAGUACGAUACACAUGCUGUUACAAAGAAGUGCGAAGAAUUUCUUAUCGAUGAAUCUAGGAAGAAAAAGAAGAAGAAAUUGCAAUUAGCUAUCAAGUACAAGUUGGAGAAAUUGAAGAAACACUGCUUCGACAAUAUCAACACCGCCGCUCUGUGA